AAAUCUAUUUUUUUAAAUUUUUCUACACCUGUAGUUUAAGUUACGUUUAAAAAAAAACUCCAGCAAUGAAACAAUCAUUAAUUUCAAUAAUUUACGUACUUUUGUUGGUAAUAAUUAUAAUUCUGAGUGUAAAUUGUGAUAGAAAAAUUCCAAACUAUCUAGAGGAAUGCUACACAAAUAAGACAUUAAGUGGACCACGUUUACCGAUGACUUUAAAUGUCUUGAUAGACAUAUUUCGUAAAGUGGAAAUUUUCACCCAGACAUCAGUUGACCUGAGGCUGAUGGUAACUUCAAUGUUGCACAGAUUCAAAUUCGAUGGGAUUGAGUAUCAUGAAGUGAAAUCGAGUUAUGAAAUUUUGCCAUUCAGCGGCACGGGAAACCAGCGAAUUAAAAAUCAAGUAGUAAACGAAUUUAUUCCUGGUAACCCAUAUAUUUUUCCAGUGGAAGCUUUGAGUUUGAUUGAACGAUGCACUUUACAUCGUGCGAUUUCUAAUACUGUUGCUGAUCACAAUCAGCCGGAUAGCAAACUGUGUACUGAUAGACCGACUGAAAAAAUUUAUGCAAAAUCAUCAGGAAGAAAUAAAAAAUUAUGCCCAUUAGAAGAAGGGAUUAUUUUAACUGAAUUCGGUACAGUGGCACCUGGUACACUGAUAGCAGCAAUCGCAGCAGCGCUCCAGCAUCAAAAUGUUGCUGUUAAAUUAUUGUAUGACUCAAUACAAAAUGAUGAACAUGAUUUUAAUGAUUAUGAAGUCGAUUUUGUUAUACCAAAACAUGAAAUUUCUCUGAAUAAAUCAAUGUGGUUCAGUAGUUUAUCGAAGUCAAAUGCUCGAGUUGAUAAUAUUUGGCUGGCGACAAUAGCGGGCGAGUUGGCUGAACUAGUGGUUUAUCAAGGCCCAAUAAAAGCCGACAAGAUGUCAUUAGGGUCGAGUGGAUUUUGGGACAGCACAAUGAGACCAAUGUUAUUUUUUUUACUCAAUAAGGAUGACAGUUAUGAUGUUACUAGAGCUGAGAUCGUUGGUGCAGUUGAUGGUUUUAUAAUCGCCAACAGUUUAAAAACAUGGAUGAGUCAUUUCAGUAAUUUGCGUCUCAGUCAAAUUUUUGAUAUUUAUUACUCUUCAAAAGGCGCAUUUUUUGAUUCAGACAUCGCAGCAUGUGAACGUGGUAAAGUUUUUUGGUACCACGGCUCCCGCCAAAUGUUAAAAGAACAAACAUACGCAGUGUCGCAAGUAUUAGCGUAUAAAAAAAGUGUGUCGUACAUGACUGACGAUGCACUUGACAUGAUGGUCAAUUACGCAGUAAAUAAGUUUACUAAUUACGUAAAUAAUAAUUUAUUUACUGAACUUCGUUGCCAUAAAGAAAAGAAGUAUCCAAAUGUCGAAAUAUUCGUUGCGUUUGAUGGUUCCUGGUCUCAGGAAUAUACUCAAGAUUUUUUAUCAGUAUUGAUAGAAGAUUUAAACGUAUCAAUAUACGGUUCUAAAAUCGGGAUACUCGAUGGCAAUACAGGAAAGUGGAUAUUAAAUACAACGAACAGUUCGUCGACGGCAUACGAAAUAAUUUAUCAGCUAAACUCGUCAAUAAGCUGGCCGACGAAUUUAAAUUUAUCGAUAACACUAGACAGCAUCGAUGGUUAUUUGACAAAAAUGUGGGACAAAAAAUCAGCGAGUCAUCAAAUAGGAACUCUGGGCCAAGUGAUUUUAUUUCUGGCCCCUCGGACAAUCGUCCAAUCAAGCAGAGAAAUAAAAUCGUCAUUGAAUAAAUUGAAGCAGAACCACCCGGAUGUAAAUAUCAUUUACUACGUGUCCAAAGAAAAUUUACAGGGUUUCAAAGACUUAUUGAUUACUCCCGAAGAUUAUUUGAUUGACACCGCGGGUGUUGAUGACAUUGUCAACUAUGUUAUGACAAUUCCCCGGAGUCUGAGGCGCAGUUGCAGUAAAAAUGACAGCAGCCCUCGGGAUCAGGUCGAGGAUUACGUAAGACCGCGGGAGUCGAUAAUCUACCGCUUGGAUGCUCAGUGGAGACGAAAUACCCAAAGGAUUUCUAUGUCUGUGGUGUCAGUUGGCUACGGCAGCUUUGAAGUCUGCUGGUGGACGCAGUUGGAGGGAAAUAUCAUCAAAAAUAAAUUCGACUGUCGCGAGUUAUCUCGACACAUGGAAUUUAUAAUAAAUGAUACUCAGGAUUGUAGAGACAGAAGUAUCAAUUGUCCAGCGAUUUAUUAUCAGAUUCGCGGGCUGAGUUCGUCUAAAAAAUGCGCGGAAAUCGAAUGCCGAACACCGGAAUAUAUAAGAUAUAUAUUAAGACUCAGUAGUCAAUGUUCUCAUGCUCCAGUACUGUCUUAUAAUUUAUUUUUAUUAUUAUUAAUUAGUAUUAAUUAUGUACUAAGUUGACUUACUGAAGAUUCGAUGAAAUAUUUUGUACGAAAAUUUUAAUUUAUAUUUAAUACUGUACUAAAGUACAAAG